UUGCUGCGGCGUGUCAGACACCCGGGGGCAGCAGCAGCCCGUCAGAGUCACGGCGAUCGCUUUGAACGCGGCUGUUGAGUCAACACUCCCACGGCGCGCGAUGCGCCGCUUUCGCGCGCACGCGCACCCUCCCGCCGCCGACGUCGGCGUGCGAUCGCGCUCAGAGACGAAAACUCCGCGUGGAAGUUGAACGCGGACACGCCCACGUCUGAAAAUAACUGCGGGCGAGGUGAAACAGGAAACUCGCGCGCUUCACCCCCCGCUGCUCCUGUUGCCGCUCGAGACAGGUUCUCUUAAUCAGCAGCAUCGCAGCCUCAGCAGCGUCCCAGCCUCGCGUGCCCGUCACACCGAACGCGGUGGAGUCCUUAGAAGAGAAACUGUAGACAGAUGACCAAUUUUUACGACGAGAAAGAUUUGGAGGAAGACCUCGGUCGAGUAAAUUGCCCCGAUGAGGAUUUGGAGUUUGACUACUUGUUUGAAUAUGAACCAUCUUGCAGCGACUUCGCUGGAGAAGGUGUUCAAGAUGACCCUAACCUCGCAUCCCAGAAGAUCCUCAGCGCAGCGUCUGAGCCGGCUUUUCCUCUGGACGAGGCCUCGUCGUACUGCACCAAGUCCUGCAGUCCCUCCUUCCACGAGCACAACGGCGCCGCGCUCUCCGCAUACGACAGCCCGGAGGUCCGGCACUUCCUGGACGGCACCCGGCCCGCGGGCCUGGCCGUGAGCCCCCGGAUCAAGAUCACCUACUCCCACGAGCACUACAACCACGGGCCCGACUCCCUGCAGAGCCACCACCUGAACAACUGCUGCCGGCCCACCCUCGCCGUGCCCGGCCACGACGCCCUCGCCUACCGCGAGCCCCAGUGCCUGAGUCCCGCCAGCAGCAACUCCUCCGCCAGCUGGCACUCGGAGACCCCCUCCCCCUGGGCGUCGCCCUGCGUGUCCCCCAGCGGCGGCCAGAACCCCGGCGACCUGUGCCCCCGCCUGCAGGGCAUCCAGACGGGCUCGCCGCGCACCUCCCCCUCCACCUCCCCCCGCGCCGAGGACGGCGGCCUGGGCCGGCGCUCGCCCUCCUCCAGGCCCGGGUCGCGCUCCGCCUCCCCGCAGGGCAAGCGCACCUACGACAUGUACAGGAACCCCGGGCUGGUGCCGGGCCACCGCUCCCGCAGCCCCUCCCCCCACGGCGGCGGGCACGAAGACGCCAACGCCAACGCCCACUACGCGCACGGCAGCCCGGCCGACGGCGUCAACGGCUUCGGCGGCGCUCAGCCGGGCCUGGUGCCCACGAAGAUGGGCAAGACGUCCACUCAGGGGUACCCUCUGUACCCAGACGCCCACGGCGACGGCAGCUACCUGGUGUCCUGCGAGCACGACGUCAAGAGCAAACCUGCCCUGGAGCCCUUCUUCGUCAUCCCCCCGAUGUGGCACAAGCCCCUCGUCGCCAACAUGUGCAGCAUCCCCGCGUCCUCGCUGCCGCCGCUGGAGUGGCCCGUGCCCAGUUACACGGACCAGUACGAGCUCCACAUCGAGGUGCAGCCCAGGCCACAUCACAGGGCUCACUACGAGACGGAGGGGAGCAGGGGGGCCGUCAAGGCGCCCACGGGAGGACACCCUGUAGUGCAGUUACAUGGUUACAGAGGCAAGGAGCCACUUGGCCUGCAGAUCUUCAUCGGCACGGCGGAUGAGCGCAUCCUGAAGCCCCACGCCUUCUACCAAGUCCACCGCAUCACCGGCAAGACCGUCACGACGACCAGCUACGAGAAGGUCAUCAACGGCACCAAAGUCCUGGAGAUCCCCCUGGAGCCGAAGAACAACAUGAAAGCAGUGAUCGACUGCGCUGGGAUCCUGAAACUCAGGAACGCUGACAUCGAGCUGAGGAAGGGCGAGACCGACGUGGGUCGGAAAAACACUCGGGUUCGCCUUGUGUUCCGGGUCCACAUACCUCAGUCUGGUGGGCAGCACGUCUCGCUCCAAGUGGCCUCGCAACCCAUUGAAUGCUCCCAGCGUUCUGCACACGAGCUUCCCAUGGUGGAGAAGCAGGACAUGGACAGCUGCUCCGUUCUGGGUGGGCAGCAGAUGAUCCUAACUGGGCAGAACUUCAGCUCCGACUCCAAGGUCAUCUUCACGGAGAAGACCCAGGAUGGGCAGCAGAUCUGGGAAAUGGAAGCAACCGUGGACAAAGACAAGAGCCAGCCUAGCAUGCUGUUCGUGGAGGUGCCCCCCUACCGAGACGCCGCCACUUGCCGCUCUGUCAAGGUCAACUUCUACGUCAUCAAUGGCAAGAGGAAGCGCAGCCAGCCGCAGCAUUUCACCUUCACUCCGCUGCCAUCUCCAUCGAUCAAGACGGAGCCCGUGGACGAGUACGAAGGCGACCACAUGGUCUUUGCCAUCCCUCAGAUCCUGUCCUCCCACCCCUACUACCACCACCCGCGCGGCGUCCUCCCCGACAACCUGCUCCCUAGCAUGUCCCACUGCCAGCGCCUCGGCUCCAGCCUCCCAAACCAGGACACGAGCUUCCAGCAGCAGAGCGCGGCCCUCCUCUACGGCCGCGGGGGGAAGAGUCUUUACCAGCAGACGGCGGCCAUGGUGCCCGAGCCCCACCGCUCGGUCCUGGUCCACACAGGCUCCCCAGCUCAGUCCGCAGCGUCCAUCAUCGCCGGGCAGCCCCCCUCCAUUAUCCAGUUUUCACACACCAACCACCACCUGCUGCAGGCAGGAGACCCUCAAACCGCCGCGGCGCCGCAGCCCGACCCCCAGCAGAUCGUCUACUGCGACGCCUACUCCCCCCAGGCGGCCACCUCCCACUCCCCCACACCCGUCCAGGCUCAGGUGGCGGUCGCCCAGCCGCAGCACUAUUCCACUGUGAUCCAGCAGCAGAAAGGGCAGCAGAAAAGCCCGGUUCCCUCGGGGACCGGGCCGACGUCUCCGGGAGACGGACAGAGGAGAGUGACUGUCAAAGAGGAGAACCUGGACCAGGCCUUCCUAGAUGAUGGUGAGUUGAAUGAGAUCAUACGAAAGGACCUGACUGGUGUCCAGGCCAGAGGGCAGACAUAAAGGAAAGAUAUGGACAGAAAAUAAAAACAUGAUCUCAUCAGCACCCCAACGCAUACACACACACCAGACCAGACCAGCGAGUAACAAUCAGACCUGAUACCUGUGAUAAUACUGCCUGAGGCAAUAAACUCCCACCAUGUUGCCUCAUGCAGCUGAAUGAUCUUUUAUGUAGCAGUGAUUGGUCAUAAGGAUAAUACUUGUAUCUUAGCAAACAUUUUAUAAUAUGAUGCUCAAAUAUUUUUGGUUAUCUCUGCACAUAAUGUAAGUUCAUAUAUACAGUUGAUCAUCUCCUGUUGAGUGCAGUUUAAAAUGAAAUGCACACUGCCUUAAAUAGAAAUUAACUAUUGUUACACACCCCAGUAUGCACUGUAUUCAAUAACGAGGGGAAUUUUACUACUUUUUAUAUAAUAUAAAGUUUUGUGAAUAAUACACGGUUGGCUUUCUUGCCUUUUUAGUUAGAUAUUAGUAUAUAUAAAUCCCAAAGUUGAUUGUAAUAACAUCUAAGGCAACAUUUCCAAAGCAUUUACUCUGUAUAGGGUCUUGUGUAUAGUUGAGUUUUGAGUCCACUUAUAAUGACAAUCAUUAUACUUUUUGUCUGCCUGUGAGCAGAAACUUAAUAUUUGUCAAUGUAAAGAACAUGCAUUUUUAUUUAUGCUAUUGCUAACAUACUGUAGGAACAAUAGUGACAUACAGUAGGGAUUGUUGUUGUGAUAAUACAGCUUUGUUAGCUGUUUUUUUCAGAGUGAACUGGAUUUAUUAUAUGCAAUUUAUAUGAUUUUAACAUAAAGGUCUAGAAAAAAAAAUAAAGAGACAAUCAUAAACAAAUAUAGAACUGAAUGUCAAUGUUUAAUAUUUCAAGUAUUUGAUGAAAAAAAAAAACUAUUUUGUAAUAUUAGUGAGGCUAAUGUUGAUUCAUUGAUUCCAUCCCUCAUUGAGCCAGUACAGAACAGGUGCAUUUGACAUUUCUUGAAUGUAAUCUUUACGAAAUAAUUUUCCCCAUUUCUGUAAAUAUUAGGUUGACGAUUGUCUGUGUAAUGAUUAGGUUUGACAAAAUACCUGAUCUCUUUCAUGCGUGUAUCUUUAUCUGAUGCAUAUGUUUAAAAUUACACAUUUUACAGGUAUUGUUAUUUUUCUUACGCAAAUCUUUUUAAAAUAUUCUAAUAAUAGUCUAUAUUUUUCUUUUGUUUGUCAUAUCGUUGUUUUGUAUUAUGAUUUGCUUGGAUUAAUUUGCUAAUGAUUAUUUUAUUCACUAUGUUGUGAAACCAUAAAAAGCCUUUCCCAUGCUAUUUUUCUAUCCUCAAAAGUAGUAAUAAAUAAUAAACAUCUGCAUCAUGA